UCAUCACUGACGUUUCCAUCGGUUGCUUGCUACGCUUUGCGCUUGGUUUAGUCGGUUUCGGUUUACUUACUAGAAACAAGUUAGUUAAGCAUCAUCGUGUUUAUAUUAGAUAUACGAAGUGAUUUAGAUAAAAACAAGGAGUGACAACAUCCCUAAAGGUGCCACCAUGAGUAAUCGGGAAAUUCAGGGUUCAACGAGGGUGACUCGAAAGGGGCUCAAGACCUUGCAGCAUACGGCUUCCGACCGAGAGAACCUAGUCGGCAGGCCUUCCAAAACUCUUAAGCAUCAACUAAGCCAGGAUGCACCAGUUGAUGUUGAAGUGAAGCGCAAGAAUCUGUCAACCAAGGAAACACAGGCCAAUUUUGACACUAAGAUAUCUGUGGAUGAUCUGACCAAUCCCGAAGGAGCGUCCGAAAAGUAUUGGCAAAUCCUAGCAGAGAAACGCCAGGUUGCUUUACAAGACGCCUUGGAUGAGAAUGAAAAGCUCCGGCAAAUGAUUGAAGAGCUGAAGGAGAAAAAUUCAGAAUACAAGCAGAUGCUGGAGGAGGCUAAUAGCUUCAUUGAAGUUAUCAAGGAGGAGCUGAACACUGGUGACAACGACGACACAGGCAUCGACGUGAAUGAUGUCAGCACAGCUGACGAUACCUCGGACCCUGAGCCCGCCCCAAAGACUCCUAAAAAGAAGUAACUUGUACUGUAGACAUGUUCCCUGUGAGUGUAAGGCCUGAGUGCACGCUAGGGUUGCAAAUAGAAAAAGAAAACAAUUUUUUUUUUAUUAUUAUGAAAAUACAUUGUUUUUUUACCUAAUAUGGUUUUUUUUUCAUUCGUAAAUGUUA